AGAUAGUUGUUAUGAGAGAGAGGGAGUAGUACAAAUUGACAAUAUGGUGUUUAAUUUUUAUUUUAGUUUUGUUGCGAGGAAUUAGGAAAAAUAAAAAUAGAGACUCCCGGUACGUAACUCACAUUUUCAAUCACGGAGUGAUCCAUUACUUUUCAUGUGCAAGUCACAAAGAGAUGCCAUCUUGUUUACUUUGGUCACAUUUUUUUAACAUGCCUUAGUGCUAAAUGGCAAUCGGCCUUUAAUUUGGAUGUGCUGUCUACUCCAAUUUCGAUCAACACAAUGCUACGGCUAAGACUAAUCCAAGACAUACUAUCCAUAUCCGCCAUCAUCAUCUUCACCUUCUUCAUCUUCUGCAGCAUCAAAUACACCACCACCAAAAUCCAAGCCUCGCCACGGCCGCCUCCCUUGAGCCUCCUCAUCGGCAUCCUCACCCUCCCCGAUAAAUACGAGCGCCGCCACUUCCUCCGCCUCAUCUACGGCACACAGCAAAACUCCCCCGCAACAAUCGACGUCAAGUUCGUCCUCUGCAACCUCACCAAAGCCGAGCAGCGCGCCUUCAUCGCCCUCGAGAUCAUGCGCUUCGACGACAUCAUCAUCCUCAACUGCUCCGAGAACAUGAACAGCGGCAAAACCUACACCUACUUCUCCUCCCUCCCGAGAAUCCUCCCGGCCAAGUACGACUACGUCAUGAAGGCCGACGACGACGUUUACCUGCGCCUCGAGCCGCUGGCCUUGUCCCUCGAGGCGCUGCCGAGGUCGGACUUGUACUAUGGUUUCGUCAUACCUUGCCCUAGCAUGAAUCCCUUGGUCCACUACAUGUCUGGCAUGGCCUUCGUGCUCUCGUGGGACCUUGUUGAGUGGAUCAGCACCUCCGUUAUCGCCGCCAAUCAUACGUUCGGGCCGGAGGAUAAGAUGGUGGGAGAGUGGCUGAAUCGAGGGGAUAAGGCCAAGAAUAGGGUUUCUAACAAGCCGGCCAUGUAUGACUAUCCUGGUACCAAUGGGAGAUGCUCGCAUGAGCUUAUUCCGGAUACCGUCGCAGUUCAUCGUGUCAAGAGGUGGGAUCAGUGGCUCAAUGUGCUUACUUUCUUUAAUGUCACUAACGAGGUUAAGCCAUCCAAGUUGUAUACUCUCUGA